CUUUAGUUUAAAGGAUUGCAUUUCAUUUUAAGUUCCUUUCGAGCCUCCGGAACUUCAAUUACUAAGCAUUCAUGGAGGAGUUUUGUACAUGAUUUACCUCAAGCUUUAGGUUGGACAAAUUCAAUUGUUUCAGUCGCUUCUUCAUCCAUAAAAAAACACACAGGAGAUCUGGAAUCGAGUUGAGCUUUAUCAAUAUGGCGGCUGGUGCGAGCUCAAUUACACGAUCUCAAGAAUACAUAAGCUUUCGCAGUUCUGUCCCUUUGAAACGGGUAAGUAAAAAAGCUGUACACAUUCAUACUAUUUUCACGAAGUUUAUUGCUCAAAAUAUUGAAUUUCAGAAUGUUACGAAUCAACAAUUCAAAUACGCGUUGAUCUGUUCAAGGAUCAUGCACAUUUCUCGUGCAAUGCUUGCGCUAACAUGAUCGGUCCAACUUUGAUCACUCGAGGUCUCCCAUGCACUGAUUGCUCAAGACAAGUUUUCAAUGGAUGAAACUUUUCCUCCAUAUUGUGAAUAUAAGUGCUAAUAAAAAAUAUUUAAACAAUAUUGCAUAUAUACACUUAGACGGAAGUCAAAGGGAAAUGCUUUUUGACAUGCCUCGUUGCAUUUUACAAAAUUUUCUGAAUCUCUUCUCGUUGACCGUAUGAUAAAUUGUUCACUGUAUUAAGGAGGACUAGACAAUUAUUUGUAUUAUAGAAUACUUCAUUUAGCUUAUUAUUUUGAUUGUUCAAGGAUCAUGCACAUUUCUCGUGCAAUGCUUGCGCUAACAUGAUCGGUCCAACUUUGAUCACUCGAGGUCUCACAUGCACUGAUUGCUCAAGACAAGUUUUUUUUCUUCAAUGGAUGAAACUUUUCCUCCAUAUUGUGAAUAUAAGUGCUAAUAAAAAAUAUUUAAACAAUAUUGCAUAUAUACACUUAGACGGAAGUCAAAGAGAAAUGCUUUUUGACAUGCCUCGUUGCAUUUUACAAAAUUUUCUGAAUCUCUUCUCGUUGACCGUAUGAUAAAUUGUUCACUGUAUUAAGGAGGACUAGACAAUUAUUUGUAUUUAAGAAUACUGCAUUUAGCUUAUUAUUUUGCAUAGAUUACAAAUCGUUUCUUGUGCAAGGUACAUUUUACUUAAUUUCAUUGCAUGGGGGAUGUCUUCUUCAACUUGGAAAAAUUCCUUUUCCAAUUUCUCCAUCUAACCAUCCCAUCAUUAUUAUGGAAAAUAUUGUCUCUGUAGGUUCCCAGUCUUGACUCUCUUCAUCCAAUGUAGAUGUCUACUCUCUUGGUUUUUGUCAUCUAACUUGUACAGAGCAAACUCUCUAAGCUACCCUCUCAUAACCCACAACAUUGAAAUUGUGGGUUAAAGUAAAUUUGGGUAUCUUUCUUUGCAGGAGAGGAAAUCAGGUAAUUUUUUUGCCUGUCAGUCCCAUUAAAAUUGACCAAAUUCACACUUGACAUUGAGGUGGCUCUCCCAUAAGCCCAAUGGCUUCCUGGGUCUUGUCGCCUUCUAGCUAUAACUGCUGUAAAUAAAUUUUUUGUAUAAUUUGUGUACAUAAGGCACAUAAAAGAUGAUGAUGAUGAUGAUGAUGACAUGAAGGGCUUUCAAUUCUGAACAAGUGAAUCUAUACAGUUACUUUUCAGACAUAAUACCCAAUUUUCAUGGUUGAUCUGCAGUUGUAUGAAUGCAUGUGUGGUUCUUCUUUGACAAAUUGAAAUUUCAAGAGAAUUCCUCUCAAUUAUUGUGUGCUACUAAAUAAAUAAUAAAUUUGAUAUGUAGUAUAGUUUCUUUUUUCAUUUACAGAUUGUUGUUGAUAAUGAUGAUGAAAAAGAGUGGUUGAUAUAUGAUGCAGGUCCUCGUAGUGUACAGUGCCCCCUUGUUUGUUUACCCCCUGCAAGUGGUACUGCUGAUGUGUUUUUCAAACAAAUUCUUACCCUCUCAAGUCUUGGUUACAGGGUGAUAUCUGUAAGUUUCAUAAUUAAAAUAAAUAAUUCAAUUAUCACCUAUCCUCAAAUGAGCACUCCCUUAGAAUAAAUGCAAUUCCAAGCAACCAAGUAUAUAAAAUAGGCAAAUGAAAUAAGGGGGUAAAUUUUCAAGAAACUAUGGUGCUGUGUCAGUAAGGGUAUAACAAGAUAAUCUGGUUGUACUAACUGAGUUGAUAAUGAAACCUGGCUACUGUAAAGAAGUUCUAAAGUUGAUAUUUCAAGGGUUAUCCUUUGUCAUGGCAAAUGGAAGAAUUUUGAUUUGUGUGUGUUUUACAUGAUGAAAAGAAAAUAUAUGCACCCUCUCCUUAUCAAAUCUCCUAUCAGUUCUACUGAAAAAUACUAUGAAAACAAAGGAUGGCCAGUACACUUGUGUUUGACAACUCUCAUCAGGCUUUUGAUACAGAAUACAAGGAUAUGAUAUAAUGGGUAUCUACUAUGACCAUUUUACUUUGAAGAAAGUAGUCAUCCUGUACUGAGUACACUAUACCUAAAUUUUAGCAAUAUUUUGCCUCUCUUACCUAAUGCUGGAGCAAACUUGUACUAAUUCUUUCAUCCCCUGAGAGAAACUAGGAUCUAGUUCCUCCUUACAUAUCUCCUUGAUAUCUUCUGUGAAUCACCCAUUAACCCUUUCACUCCCAAGAUCUAAUUAGUAAUUCUCCUUACUAUCUGCCAUACAAUUCUUAUGAUGUUAGUUCAGAGAAUUUGGUAUUGGAUCAACUAAUAAUCCCAUUAUUGAUAUUCUUCUCUAUUCUCAUCACCUGCCAGCUUGAUAUUGUAUUGAUAUUGUAAGGAGAAAUUCUGUCUUGGUCACUUGUGGGAGUGAAAGGGUUAAAGUCACAAGAAUUAAAGAAAUAAUCAGCGACUAAAGAAGCUUUGGAUCGCUGCACAAAUUCUCCUUGUCAAUAUCUUAGGAAAUGUGUAGAGAACAGUGUCAAGAAUAUGCAUGCUGAUAUCAGGGUUUAAAGGUUUUAAUCACAAGUCCAAUGGAUAUCUUUUUAAGCGCUGUUUCCUUUUCAAUGAUCAUAGUGUUAUUGAGUAAUGAUUUGAAACCAUUUGAUCAUAAUAUUUUUGUCUGGGUGAGGGUAGUCCUGAGAAAAGCUGUUGUCAGUGGAUUUUGUCUGGCAAAAGUCAUUAUCAGAGUCAAGUGACUCUGACUUGACUCAGGUGUAUUAGGUGUAUUAUGGUGAAGGCCCUUACCUCAAUUUUUCCUCAAAACAUGCUAAAUCUUAAAUCUUCAAUAAUUUUUUCAGGUAGAGUAUCCUGUGUAUUGGACAUAUGGUGAGUGGACUGAAGGCUUCAGACGACUUUUGGAUUACCUGAAACUAGAUGAGGUUGGUGUAUAUAUUGCAGAGGGAACAAAAAGCAUAUAGUCUGUAACUUUCGAACUUUUGUCUGCCACUUCAUUUCACUGAUUUGGCAUGAAGUCUUGUUUUAGGUUCCUAAUUAUGAAAUGGAUAUUAAAAAGUUCCAGUUAUUUUUUCUUGGCAAAAAAAAAUUUAGAAAAUUGCACAUGGUCUGCCCAUACUUGCUUGCCAAUAUGGGCAGAUCGAUGGUGAUCUUUUGGAUUCAAUUCAAGUCUUGUUGUAAAGCUUUCUCAAAAUCUUGUGAUAUCCAUGAAAAGAUCUUCCCUUCCUCUUAACAUUUAUUGAAACAAAUAUGGGAAAAAUCUGGUUUUAACAACAUAUGAUCCCAACAUUUUAAGGGCACUUUAGGCUGUCUUGAACAGUGAAAAAUUUAUCCCAACUUAGUAACCUAAUAUCUCCAGCCUUACCUUGCUUCCAAAGUUACCAUUUACUAUUAAUAACGUUUGUUCAUAGAUGAACAGAUUUCAUAAGUUAAAAAAAUAGGAGAAAGAAAGGAGUCAUGGAAAAAAAAUUAUCAACCUGUAGUUACCUUGCUAUGUUUGGGACCUAGUCCUAAAAGCUCUUAAAUUAAUUUGCUGAUCAGAAGAAAAUGGUUAAGGUUCUUUUACCGUCCAGAAAUUUUCUGUCUUUAUACUAUGGAAAUAUCUUUUGAUUUAACAUAACUACUAACCCUAAGCAAUCUAGUCUUUUUUCCAUUUAUUUAUGAUAUUGCAUGAAGAGAAUGCUCAAGAAUAAUUUUGGUCAAGUGUGGUUUCUCAAGGUUUGCUGAGGAUAGUUUCACAUAUGCCAUCACCUAGAGCAAGUUCAUAUACCUAUCAUGGUGUACUUGAGACAUGAAGCCUCAUUUACGAGGUUUAAACCUCAUUGAUGCUUCUUUUAGAUGUAAAAUUCAAUUACUGUGGGUUAGAGUAGGUCAUGAGACAAAUUUCAUGCUUAUGCAAUGAUCAGUUUGAAACUUCAACUUCCUCCCUGCAGCUAUUUGAACUUUUGAAAAUUAAUUCCUAUAAACUCCUGCUCCUGGGGCCAAAAUCAUGUUCAAUGCCCUAGCCAAUAUCAUUUUUUUGAAAAAGGAAAACUCAGCGACUGUGACUUUCUAUUCAAUUUUUAGGCUUUAAAACUCUAGACCUUGUAUACAAGUAGCUAGCAUAGAGUCAUCAAAAAAAUAUAUUUUUAAAUAUCCUCCACAAACAGUCUCUCAAAACAGAAAAGAUCUUAGAGUUAGCUAAAUUAACGAUUGCUUGCACAUUCCAUCAAGGUGAUGUUUAUUUCAAACAACACUCAAUUCAUGUCGAUGUCCUUAGUGGAAGCACCUUAUGUAUGCAUUUUGUGCUCACCAUUGGUGAAAAAGAACAAUUUGCAAGGUAGCAUCCUGAAACGUUGGGUUUUCUUUAUAGAAAUAAAAAAUGUUAAAACAAACAAAAAACAAAACAAAAACCAACUCAAAAACAUGAUGUAAUUUACAUAACAAGGUGUGACAAGUAGUAUCAAUUGAAGCUUAUAGGCAUCAAAAUUGAGUAACUCACCAACCGCCAUCAAAAGAACUAGGUUGGAAUUCACAAGAAUCUUUUCUUUUCAAAAUUUUUCAUUCUCAAAAUGGUAAUUAAAAUCAACCCCUUCAUGUGUUAAUGGCAAAUCGAUUGUUUACAUUUAGUGGGUAACCAAAUAUUUAUCCUAUUGCUACAGUAUCGCUCAGAGAUAUUUGCUUUUGCCUAAAAUCAACAGAUUCUUCCAUACUAUUGGGGAAACUUAGAAAUUUGCUUUUAUUCCAGAGGAAAUAUGUACCUAGACCUUUAUUUUGGACCAGUAAGCUGACUUUGGAGCUGCUCCCAAAAUGUCAGGAAAUCUUUAUGACAGGACUCAAGUUGAAGUCCUAAGAACACCUUUGAUAUACCAUGUUGGUGGGCAAGUAUGGGCAGACUAGGCUGGCUUUAUCAAUUUUGUCAAGCAAAAACAACAUUACUGGAACUUUUUAAUAUCCAUUUCAUGAAUAGGACCCUAACAUCAGCCUUCAUACCAAAUUUCAGCCAAAUCGGUGAGCUUAAGUGGCUGCAAUCUUUUGAAAAAGUGCAAAAGUUACAGACUAUUUCUCUUAAGAGGCUGAGAGUCACAUCUUUUGCAAAUAAAAUUUUGUGUUUUGGUAAUGAUUACCACCAGAGUUAUCCAGAGGGGGGUGAAGGAUAAAUCCAGGUAGAUGGUCCCUGUAUAACCAUGAAAGCAAACCUGGAAAAAUACCUGGUAAAAGUAAAAAGGUCUCUCUCUCUCUUUACAUGCUUAAGAAUUUUGGUUGAAUAAGGAAGGGAGGGGGAAGGUGGUAAAGGUGUGAAUAAGUCUCUGCUGCCCCUUGCAAAGCAGGUACCCUUUACCAACUACUCACUUAAAAAUUCUAAAUUUGUUCCUCCUAAAAGGUUUAUGUCAAUUCACAUGAGCUUGUUACUGCGCUUAGCUACAAGCGAUUUUUAGGGUAUCUUGAAAAGUAAUUGUCAGUGGUCCUUACUUGAUAAAUUUUCCUCUUUUUUAGGUCCAUAUAUUUGGGGCAUCUCUUGGAGGUUUCCUUGCACAGAAGUUCGCAGAAUUGACACACAAAAGCCCAAGAGUACAUUCACUGAUUCUGUGCAAUGCUUUUGCUGAUACUUCUGUUUUUCAGCAGACUUCAACUGCUUCUAGGUAAGUUGACUAACUGAAAGUACAAUAACAAAAGAAAUUGGGGGUUACUUUGAGAUGUAAGAGUAUCCAAUCCAGGGAUGAGUGGUGAGUGGUGAUACUUCUAGUCACUUCAUGCUAUGGAAACUGGGAUAAGCUCUGACUGGGUUGGUUGUUUGACUCAAGGACACACUUAACAUUACUUAUUGUAGUUUAGUACAACAAUGCAUAGGGCAAUUAUUUUUUCCCCUCCUUGUAGAAUACAUUGGUGAUCAUGAUCACAUCCCCUGAUGAGAAGUGAUAAACUUGUACCUGUGUUCUCUCUUAAUGACUACCUUGCCUGACUGAAGUGAUCAGGAUGGACUUUCAAAAACAAUUGUAUCAGAUUAUUGUUGCCCACUAGUAAGAAUGCAAUCACCUAGACAAUGAAAAGUCUAUUACUUCCUGCAUUAUUUAGGAUUUUGGUUGAUAUAACCUCCCUAGCCAUUGGAAAGAAUUAAUUUUUAAAAGGGAAGUUUGGUAAUUGUUCUAGUAAAGACAUCAUUGAUCUCAGCAUAACUUAGCAAGUCUCCUUAAUUUUAAUUUUUGCAUUUAUUUCCUCUUUUUUUUCUUUUUUAACAGCUUUUGGGUAAUGCCUGCCUUUGUCUUGAAGAAAAUGAUCAUGAACAAUUUCACAACACAAGAAGUUGAUGAGGACAUAGCUGAUUCAAUAGACUUUAUGGUGGAGAGGGUAAGUGUUACAUGCAUUAAUCAAACAGGAACAUGCAAAGAAAUUUCAAAAUAUAGUGCCUUCUAAUGAUAAAGAAUUAAAAUAUAUAUAAGACAAGAUUUAUAAGAUAGGUAAAAAUUCAUGAUGAAACCAGAUUCAGUUUGGUUUCACAGUGAAAUUUAAAAAGUUAUAUUUUGACAUGCAGAUGAUGCUGAAGUUAACUGUUCGACUCCCAUGAGUGACUGAGAUAAAAUUUCUCCUUACAAUAUCAAGCAGACAAGUGAUGAGAGUAAAGAAAAAUGUCAAGUAGGGGAUUAUUAGUUGAUCCAGUACUAAAUUUUCCAAAAUAAAAUCAUAUAUUAAGAAUUUUAAGGCAAGCAGUUAAGAGAAUUACUAAUGAGAUCUAACGUGAAAGGGUUACAAAGGGAUUUAAGCUUUAAUUAAAGAAAUUGCAGGAAACAAACCUGAAAAAAUUCUGGAAUCAAUGGGAUGCAAACUUGUGCCUCCUACAUGCUACAGUAGUUGGGUGUUUUAACUCCUUUAUUACUGGUGAUUAAUUCUUCAUUGUGUUAAUGGAAAAUGAUAGCUUGACACCGGCAUCCAACUUUACAAGGCUGCUAAAGUACACUUUAAACAGUUUUUACACCUAAGGUAGAUUAUAUUUUAUUGUAAUUGCAAUUCUGCAGUUUUUGUUGGCCAGUAUUAGCUAUACAGCAUUUGGAAGAAGCUAAACAUUCUUAAUAAAUCACUCAUGAGGUUAUCCAGCUUUUCAACCUGUUUGCUCUAUAAUGGCAGACUUACCAUGAUGCAAAAUGCAAACAAUGAGGAUAAAUGUUUUUAACCUUUGAAUGUCAUGUUAUUUGUAGAUUCAGGAGUGCUAUUCAGUCCUCAAGUACACACACAAAGUACUUAUUAAAAUAUUUAACUAGCAUACCUUAAAUGUGGUCAUGUUCUUGAUUUAUAGCUGGAAAGUUUGGGAAGAAGUGAAUUGGCAUCAAGAUUGACACUUAACUGUUUGGACUCGUAUGUUGAGCCACAGAAACUUGCUGGAAUUCCUACAACUAUUAUUGAUGUAAGUAGUUACCACCAGACCUAUAUCCAAUAGAGAAAUACGAGUGAAACUGACUCUUAAGCUAUAUAAUGUAAUUCCUAAAAUCCUUAAAAGUAACAGUCAUUCAUUUUUAACAUACAAAAUUUCAUUUAGCUAGGUUUUACUGAUGCUGUAAAAAGAAAACAAUGUUAUUUUUAAUUUGUUGAAAGAUACAGACCAUUGUCUUUUUCGGGCAUUUGAUAACUGAUGGUAAUUGAACUGAGCGGAGUUCAAUUUUUAUAUGUAAUCACAUGCAAUUUGGGAUUAAUAAAAAACAAAAAAAAAAUCCAAAAAAAAAAAAUUUGGGAUAAAUCAGCAUAAGGCUUACCAAACUGCAUGAGCCUGUUGGUCAAGUGCCUCUGUAGUCUUUGGAAAGUCUAUGAGUGCAGAUUUAUUUCAAUUUGCACAAGAAAACUCAUGUGAUUACUAUUAUAUAUUAUACAAUAAUUAUAUAUUCCUUUUUCCUGUCAAUCAAUAUAAUUUUUACUUUCUGCUCUCAAUUUUAACUUUCUGCCCUCAAUUUUAACUUUCUGCACUGUUUGGGAUUAAUUGACAAUUUUCAAAUUUCUUUGCCCUCAAUUUUUCAACUUUCUGCACUGUUUGGGAUUACCAAAAUUGACAACCAAGUUCUCAUUCAUUUUUAAUUGAAAAUGGUUGAAAUGGUGGAUUUUUUAGUAUGUACAAGUAUUUUCUUCAUCCAGUACUGGGCUGGUUUUAUAAAAAGUUGCAAAUUUUUUCUUCCAUUUUCCUGCAAUUUGAUUGGUUCCUUUGAAUUAAACACGCCUUGAAAUCUGAUAGGAUAAUGUAUUUUAGUUAAAAGUUCAUAUCGGCUGGGGAAAAUAUGCAAUUUAGAGCAAACAAUGGUGGGAUUUGUGAGUGAUUUGCACCAAUUAGAGCCAAUCAGAUUGCAAGGAUCACCAGUGAUUUCAAAUGGAUGUAAUUUACUCUAUAAAUUCUAUUAUUUUAUUUUCAGACAAAUCUCAUUUGUAAUGACCAAUAAUUUUUAGUUCAUAACAUGUUAUUUUUCAGAACUAUACUUAUUCUAGAACAAAACAUAUUUUGAUAUAUUUUAAUUCAAUCUUGUUUUAAUAAAAGGCACAUUUUUUGGGGGUCUGUUGUAGGUUUUUGAUGACUGUGCCCUCUCACAGCCAGUAAAGGAAGAACUUUACAAGUGUUAUCCAGAUGCCAAGAGAGCUCAUUUAAAGAAGGGUGGCAACUUUCCAUAUCUUUGCCGGAGUGCUGAUGUUAAUCUCUACCUACAGGUGUGCUAAGAAACAAGAAACACUAGAUUUUACUAACCAGGAGUGACAAAAAAGGAUUUUCCCCUCAGAAUACACAUGCAUUUUUAGACAGAAUGGUUGUUAGAAGGAAGAAAUCUAAACUAGGGGAGAUUUUUGUCAUCAAACAUCAAAUUCUCUCUGCUCAAACUAUAAGAAAUGUUUGGAAGACAGUGCAGAGAAUUAAUAAAUAGAUUGUGGCUCUGGUAACUCGUUUACAGGGAAACUUGUAGAAUUAAUAGUCAGAACUUGCUAACUGAUUUGUUGAAAAAAAAAAAAAAACAGUUGGCCAACAAAAACAUACAGUACCACUCGCGUAUACGUUAACUGCGCAGACGAAUUUCAUGCGCUACGACGCAGUGUAGUCAGACGCGUAUGUACGAUUUUUUUGCGCACAUGGUCGAAAAAAUGCGCGAUUCAUAUGCCUUUGUUAUUCAAUGCUAGAAGUUUCCUUCAUUGUUGUAUGAAACAAAGGACUUCUGGGUUUGAAAAAGCGGCGAGUAGACAACGGAAAAUUUACAUAAUGACAAAAGCUACAUGUUACACUCACGCGUGUCGCGUCGCUUCGCGAAUUUUUCGGAUAACGAGCAAUAGCAGUAGAUUUGCUAGAUUUGAAUUGACCUGACUUACAAUAUGAUCCUCGCAACUGCGCACCUACCCCUCCCCCAACCAAACAUUGACCCUAGCUUUAUAUCAGUUGACUGUUGUUGGGUCAGGGGAGGGGUAGGUGCGCAGUUGCUUUUACACUGACAUUGAUCCAAAGAAAUUUAACCCUUUAACUCCCAGAUCAAAUUUGAAAUUCUCCUUACUGUCAACCAUACAAUUCUCAUAAUGUUGGUGCAGAGAAUUUGGUAUUGGAUCAACUAAUCAUUUUCAAAUUGAUAUUUUUAAAUUCUUAUCACUUAUCUGGUCAAUAUUGUAUUGAUAUUGUAAGGAGAAAUUCUGUCUUGGUUACUCAUGAGAGUUAAAGGGUGAACCAAGCAAGGCUAAAGCUAAAAGCUGAUAGACAGAGAUAUCAGUAAAUCAGAUCUGCAUUUUAUUUAUGCUCCUAAUCUUUAAUUUGAUCUCUUUUUUAAUUUACAGAUUCAUCUUCGGCAAUUCAUGGGAAAACGAUUCAGUGCCAUGGAUCCCAAAUGUAUGACGGAAGAGGAUAUGGUAUCAUGCGGUCUGUUGCCAUCGGCAGAGCCACCUUCUGUGGUGUCCUCUGAUGAGGAGGACGAGUAGUAAAUAAAUAGUUAUAUUAUAAUAAGUAUGGAGACUAAAUUUUAUGUUUGGCAGAACAAGAGCAGCUCGUAAUUAGAUAGACAUUAUUUUGUGAUGGUGCCGACUCCAGGUUUUGGAGAGGCAGUUAGUCUGUAUGAUGCAAAAUGUCAAUUGGUAGUUUUCUGUUAGGUGAAAAGACAAGGCAUGGUAAAGCAACAGUUUCCAUCUGCCUGAUAGAGUUUGGCAGCAAUCGAAUCAUAUACAAACAACUCUUUAAAAAGGGAAUUUCACAGCAAGAAACGGGGCAGAAUUCGAUCAAGUUAUGUCAUUCUUAAUACUGAAAAGCAUUUCUUGACUACUUCUGCUCAAAUGAAACAAUUAAGACAGAGUUUGUGAAACAGUGUGCAGAAAACUUUUUUAGAGUUAACAUCCAUACAGAGAGUGUUAAACAACAGUUUUCUUUCUGAAUGAUAAAUGCAUAUCUAUGCAAACGUGUUGAAAAGUUCGUAGCUAUGACUUAUGUCACAACCAAGUUCCUAAAGGUAAAUUUUAUGUUGAAUUUAAAAUCUUCAACCAAUUUGGAACUAGCAGAACACCAGUUUUAGCUUCUUUAUUUCCAAGUGAAUUAAGUUUCCUAGUUGCUAUACCCAAAGCUCCACGACGUAGGAGGCACGUUGUGAGAAUUAAGGGAACAGUUGAUACAUGGAAGUUGUUUAUCGAAAUGCGUGAAUCAAGAGGGAUCGCCAUGUUUGCUAAGGACAUUUUAAACUAGUUUCGUCCUGGAAGUGGCUAUACCCUCUUUACCGUACGAAUCUUGGUUCUGUCGAUCAAGAUUUUCUUUGGCCUUAUACUUUCAGUACAACAAAAUUUAUGUAUUUUUACAACACUGUUCCCUUGGAGGUCUCUAUCACCCAUAGAUGGACUAUACAGGUCUUCUCCGAAAACACGCAUGCAAAAGGCGUGAAUUUUACAAUGUAUUAUUGUGUUUGUUGGAUCUAUUUUAAUAAAAUUAAUUCUGGAACAAUCUUAGAAAAGGAUGUCAGAGACGGGAGACUCUAUUAAACAACUCUGAGUUAUCCUUUCAAUUUUCUGGUGUACAUACAUUUACAGUUGAGUUACUCUUGUCAGUCUCAAAACCCCAGGUAGUAGUUUAUUAGCAUGUAUGCAUUUUUGGUGGAGGGAAUAAGCAUUACAUGGUUCGUGGAGCAUAGCUCUCUAACUAGGACUUUCACCUGAAAAGACACGCGGUCUGGUCGUCUCCACACGCGUCACACACAAGA